UAGUUGCCGAAGGUCGAGUGGGACUUAAAAUAUUUUUGAAACCCACAGGAAUAAAAAAAGUUUUCAUUUAUUAGAAAAUAUUUUUGAAAACUGGGGUUUUCAUCCUAUCUUUUACGGAAGCAUCCUUUUUUGUUUAUUUAGGACAAGCAUCUUUUUUCGAUAAAGAGGUAUAUUUUUUUGUGAUAACAUCUUGAUUAUUCGACAGAGUGGGAUAAUAUUUUGAAUGAAGUAGUCGGUUAUUUUCUACGAUGCAUGCUGAUAUAAUAUUAGCGUCUAUUCUACAUUGGGCAAAAACUCAUCUUGCCACUUCAUCCUUGGUAGUAGCUUUCUCUGCCUGGUUUUUUCUAUAUCGAAUUUUCAACAAACCCAGAAAGAACUUUAAACUAGCACCAGGACCAUGGUUCAAUUUACCAUUCGUUGGCUAUUUACCGUUUUUGGGUUCAGACUUCAUCAGCGGAUUCGCAAAACUACAAAAAAAAUAUGGACCUAUUUUUAGACUCAAACUUGGACAACGUUCUGUUGUAGUUCUAAACGAUUUCCCGACAGUAAAAGAAGCAUUUAUGCAAAGAGCUUUCUUAGGAAGACCGCCAAAUCCUCCAAACCAUCUUCUGCAAGAUGCUACUAGUUUUAGUGUUAGUAAUGGAAUCGUAUGGCAGGAACAAAAACGUUUCGCAUUGCACGUUAUGAGGGAUCUUGGAUUUGGAAAAACUCGUAUGGAAGUACAUAUUAAAGAAGAAGUUGCACACUUAUUAGAUGAGCUUGAAGAAUUUCAGGGUAAGCCUGCUAAUGUUCGACGUUACCUGGCUCCAAGUACAUCCAAUAACAUUUCUGCUUUAGUAUUUGGAAGAAGGCUGGAUUAUCACGAUCCAAUGCGUAUUCAUUUGGACACGUCCAUAACUGAAUUGAUACGCUUCUUCAGACCAACUAGUCUUCACGCUUGGUUCCCUUGGCUGAAAACUUUACUUUUCAAGUUUAAACUGUUUGAUUACGAUAAGUUACAACAAGCCAUCGAGCAUCUUUUAAAGUUUAUCGACAAAGAAAUUGAUGAACACGAAGCAUCCUUGGACCCAAAUUCAAUCCAGGAUUACAUGGAUGGAUUCCUUCUUCAGUUAAAGCAGAGAGAAUACAGAGAGCCCAACACAUCCUUCACAAGAGCUAUGUUGAAAGGAAACGCGCCAUCUUUGAUUGGUGCAGGCAGCACGACUGUAAGGGCGACUGUAGAGUGGACUCUAUUGACUAUGGCUGCGUACCAAGACGUACAAAAACGAAUUCAAGCCGAAAUAGAUGAAGUCGUGGGUCGAGAGAGAAUGCCAUGCUGGGCUGAUAAUACACAACUAAUCUACACACAGGCUGUACUCAUGGAAGUACAGCGAUGGAAAACUGUUGUACCCAUCAACCUACUCAGAUAUACAACUGAGGAUGCAGUAGUCGGUGGAUAUGAUGUUCCUGAAGGUAUGACAGUAAUUGCCAAUCUAAAUGCCGUACACAAUGACCCGGAGUAUUGGGAUGAACCUCAUAAAUUCAAGUCAGAACGUUUUCUCACAGAUGAUGGCAAAGAGCUGGUUAAGCAUGAAUCUUGGAUUCCCUUCACCCUGGGUAAACGAGCUUGUCCGGGAGAAACAUUGGCAAACGUAGAAGUCUUCCUCUAUGCGACAAACAUUCUCCAUAAAUUUCACAUUAAAUUUCCGGAAGGAAAGCGGCACAAUUUCCAAGGAAGAGUUGGAGCGACAUUCGAGCCUUUACCGUACGAACUUUGCAUGAUUCCAAGAAUAUAGUUGAGCAGUUAAAUUGAUAUUCAGAAUACUUUUUGUAAAAAAUCUCUCGCUUCUAAUGUUUCAUACCAUUUAUAUUCCUCCAUUUUAGCAGUUGGCGUUUGAGCUUAAUACUUGUUUUUAUUUCCUUUUUUUCUACUUUUUCUAGUUUUGUUUUCAUCUAAAAUUCAUUUUCAAGAAACCAUUAUGCACAUGUAUGUUAAUGAACUUUUCCAUGUUUUUCUUAACAAAUAAAAAAGUCUUUGUACGUUG